AUGACUGUGUUGCUGGCAGCUUCAGAGCUGGAUCUCUCGGACCCGCAGUCCGCUCAGCUUCUCCAGCCUUUGUUUCCAGUGCUUGACAAGGCCUGGAUGAUUCCAGUGCAUGUUGCUUUCAAUAUGGGGGCCACUCAUCGCAGCUUUCGCAAUAUAACUUUGAGCUUCAGGGGAGCAGAGAGGCAAGCGCCGAGUGCCCUUCAGCUUGCUCUUCGUUUUUCCCGUGUGCUUGAAAUCUACGAGCAGGAAGGAAAGCAUCACGCAGAGAUGUCCACGGAACAACGCUUGCAAGAUGCGGUCUCCGAGUUCAACCAGUCGCCAGGGCUGCAAGCCAAACAUCGGAUCGAAGAGGAUCGCUUCCGGGCGGUUCUCAAUCUCUUGAGUGGAACCAGUGAGGAGUCUCGAGAGGUCAUUCGGAACCACUUGGAUGCCCACAAGUGGGCUCAGUCGGCCUUUAGUACUGAGCAGUUCAAAGGAUCAAGAUGGAUGCUCACCGCAAGUCCAAAGGCUUCGGCAUGCCCUCCAGAGCUGCGCAAGUGCCUGACAGUCACACCCCACAGUCAGGCUCUUCACUUGAGAUUGGUCAUCAAGAUGUUUCUGGACCAGGGCCGUCGGCUGAGAGCUUCUGCAAGGGCCAGGGCUAGACUUAGCAGUGCCCAGUUUGACUUGAUCUGCGACUUUGCUUGUGUGUUCUCACAUGUUUGGGAAGAAGCUCGGCUGCUGGCAAGCUGGAAUGAAGACAAGGAGCAGGCCAUGGCGAAAGCUUUCUUCCAACGGGACUAUGCAGCAGAGAUCGAGGCUGCGGUGACUGCCAAGCUGAGCUCCUGGAAGCCACAGCACUUGUCCCUUUGGGUGGAUCUGGUUGAGCCUCCUGCUGGACCAUCAGGAGUGGCUUCAGCAGUGGAGAUUGUCGAGAUGGAGGACCAGGCCCAGGCAGCCCGCUACAGGGAAGUCUCAGCCAAGCUCUCGCAAGACAUUGCAUCAAUGACUGCUUUCAACACUGCGUCCAGCGAGUCGAGCCGGCGCAACCAUGUGGUCAAUGUGAUGCACCAGAAAGCUCAAGUGCAAGUGGGAAAGCAGCUCUGCGAGGCCUUCAUGGAGAAGCAUUGCAGAGUCAGCCUUGUCACCAAGAAGGAUGGCUUUGACACUGGCUUGGACAGCUUCAUCCGUGCUGCAGCUGCAAGCCGCAAGGUCGCUCCAAAUGAUGUGGACUGCAUCCUGUACUUUGAUUGCACCAAGCUGGGUGUGCUCAGCCAGGCAGAGAUCAAUUUGAUCGGAGACUAUGCAGAAAAGAUCUUGUUCCGGAACACCCAGCGCCUGGUGCUAAGAUCUGUGCUGGUCUUGAUUCCACCUCUCCUGGUCGGCAGCGAGAGUGGAGGAUCACUCCGUGGAGACUUCAGGUUCUGCGGAAGCAGUCUUUGGCUUCGCCAAAGCUUGCAGCCAGAUGCAUUCCCCAAAGCUUUGGAAGAGCGAAACUUCAUCGUGCCAGGCGAGGCCUUCUUGUCGCACGACUCAAGACGGUCACUAACAGACCUUCAGGAGACAGCGCAGUGGAUGGGUGGCGUACCGGUUUGUCAAUCCAUCUUCGAUGCGCUGACAGGUGGCAGGAAGAACUUUCAUGCCGCAGUGCUGGUUCAUCCUACUCUAUAUGACGGGUGCGUUGAGCUCGCUGGCGUCCGCUCUGGCUUCAUUGUUGUGUCAUCAUCAGGGCAGCCUCCCAGCCACAACUGUGGCAAGGAAAUCAUUAAGACCCACCUGUUGGAGGCCUGGAAAGCUGGCCGUGCACCUAUGGACAAAGCCACGCCGCGCUACAAGAGCAGCCCUGCCCAGGAAGAUCUCCCAGCUGCACCAAGUGCACCCGAUCUCAAGCUAUGCCAAGUGGUGGGGGGGAAAAUGGUGAUCCCCCAAGAUGUGAGGAAAGCGUUUCUCACAUGCCCCGUAUGGGGACCAGAUUGGCGCGAGACACUCAAAAAAUUUGACCAAGACUGGGGAGUUGCCAUUCCUGAUCCUGUGGGUGGGAAAGAAGCUUCAGCAACCAGCAGUGAAGCUCUUGCGACUGAUGCAAAGGACUUCUGGGAUGGCUACUUCCCAGGUGAGCCAACAACCUAUGAGGCUUUGAAGGGCAAAUACGGUGACGAUUUGACAGAAGUGGCAGGUGUGGAUGCUUCCACAUCCUUUGUGCUUGCACCGGGACCAUGCCUGUUCAUCAACGCCAAGGAGGCAGUGCUUUUGAAGAAGAGUGACACUGCAUUGAUCUCGCACGGCGCAGGGACUUGGCUGCUGGCUGACAAAGCGGAUAAGCUCUUGCGAGAGCAGCCGGGAAAAGCCAUCCCAUGCUGCUGGAGCACAGAUCAGGCGCUGGUCAUCAUCGAGGCAUUGCAGCACUAUGAGGCAAAAGGCUAUGUUGAGUAUACUUUAGGCGGAAAUUUGUGCACCAGGCCGCCCAGUGUUCAGCAAGGCCGUGAGGCUGAUUGCUUUGAGAUCAAGGCAGAUGCAGCGAAUACAUUGGCAUGGAAGCCAAACGCAGUACCAACGAAGAACCUCAAGGCGGCGAACUUGGCGUCUGCAUUUUCGUGGAGCCUGCUCGAGAACAGCCCAUUGGAUGUGGUCUGGCGGCUGCGCUUCUGGGCAAAUGAGAAAUGCAUUGCACCAGCGAAGCCCUUGUACCACUUGCCUCACAACCUGGAGCUUCCCAAAGGCGGAUGCAAGCGCCUGGUGUGA